GUGAAUGCCAUUGAAGACGACGUUUUCAAUUUUGCGAGUGUGUUUCAGGAGAAUAUGAGCCUCUGCUGUGCUUCUUCUCUCAGGCAAAAAUAUGGAUUCCUUGUCUUCCACUUUCCUCUCUUCUCUACAUCCUUCAAAGCUCUUCCGUUCGUCAUUUCCGUUCAAUGUAUCCUCUGUGACGGAAAGAGGCGCCACUAAAUCAUCAUCAUCACCUCCUGCAAGGCGAGUCCAGCCAAGUUUACCCGGUCUGCAUAUGCUGUUCAAUGCAUUUGAUGAUGUUAUCAACAAAUUCAUAGAUCCCCCUCUCCGCCCUUCGGUGGAUCCUCGAUACACACUUUCUCAUAACUUUGCUCCUGUCCAUGAGCUUCCUCCAACUGAGUGCCACUCUAUAGAGGGAUCCCUCCCGUCGUGCCUUGACGGCGCAUACAUCCGCAAUGGCCCCAACCCUCAAUACCUCCCUCGAGGCCCUUACCACCUUUUUGACGGGGACGGCAUGCUUCACUCCAUCACAAUUUCUCAAGGCAAAGCCACUUUCUGCAGCCGCUACGUCAAGACUUACAAAUACACUGUGGAGCGUCUGGCUGGUGCUCCGCUUCUUCCUAAUGUCUUCUCUGGAUUUAAUGGCCUUGCUGCCUCUGCCACACGCGGGGCUCUCUCAGCUGCUCGGAUUUUGUCUGGUCAAUUCAACCCGGUUAACGGCAUUGGUCUGGCUAACACUAGCUUAGCUUUCUUUGGUAAUCGUCUUUAUGCACUCGGUGAAUCUGAUCUGCCUUACGCCGUAAGAUUGACAUCUGACGGAGAUAUUGAGACAUUAGGCCGCUAUGAUUUUGAUGGGAAGCUGUUCAUGAGCAUGACUGCUCAUCCGAAGAUUGAUCUUGAUUCCGGGGAGGUUUUCGCUUUUCGAUAUAGUCCCGUUCCUCCUUUUUUGACAUACUUCCGAUUUGAUUCACAGGGAAAUAAACAACCGGAUGUGCCUAUAUUUUCCAUGGUUCGCCCUUCUUUCCUUCAUGACUUUGCAAUUACUAACAAGUAUGCUAUAUUCGCUGAUAUACAAAUUGGUAUGAACCCCAUGGAUAUGAUCUUUGGAGGUGGCUCCCCCGUGGGUGCAGAUCUUGGAAAAGUACCAAGGCUCGGAAUCAUCCCACGAUAUGCAAAGGAUGAGUCAGAAAUGAGGUGGUUCGAUGUGCCAGGAUUUAACCUGAUACAUGCGAUUAACGCAUGGGAUGAAGAGGAUGCAAUUGUUAUGUUGGCGCCCAACAUACUCUCCGUAGAACAUACACUUGAGAGAAUGGAGCUUGUCCAUGCCUUGGUGGAGAAAGUGAGAAUAGACUUGAAAACAGGCAUAGUAACAAGAAACCCCGUUUCAGCUCGAAAUCUAGAUUUUUCGGUGAUAAAUCCUGCUUACAUAGGGAAAAAGAACCGAUUUGUGUAUGCAGCCAUAGGCGAUCCAAUGCCGAAGAUAUCAGGGGUGGUGAAGCUAGACCUAAUGAAAGGGGAUAGGCGGGAGUGCACCGUGGCUAGUCGGAUAUUCGGACCUAAAUGCUACGGCGGUGAGCCUUUUUUUGUGGCAAGGGAACCGGAGAAUCGCGACGCGGAGGAGGAUGAUGGGUUUGUAGUAUCAUAUGUACAUGAUGAAAUUUCUGGAGAAUCAAAGUUCUUAGUAAUGGAUGCAAAAUCGCCUAAUCUUGAUAUAGCGGCUGCUGUGAAGCUACCAGGACGAGUUCCUUAUGGGUUCCAUGGACUUUUUGUGAGGGAAAGUGACCUCAAAAAGCUGUAGAUGAGGCUCCUCUCUUCUCAUUCACUUGCAUAUAAUAGGAUAAUAUUAUAAUCAUAUAAUAGUAACACAUACAGCACAAAGAGAAAAAUCCAAAUAACUGUAUAAAUGACAUGUCACGACCCCUACGUGUUAACUUCUUCUUGAUUAGGUUCAUGAAUGAAGUAUGAAAUAAAAUUAAGUAAUUAAUUAUAAA